GACUCGGUGUCGAAUCGAAGGGAUGGAAGUAUAGUAGAGCCACGAUGGAAGGGCGGAAUAUACACUCCGCAUGCUGCAAAAAUACAAUAAAACAAUUACUAUUAACGUAGAUUGCAUCGACAUUACGUAUUCGCGCUAUAACGACAAAGCAAAACCAACGAGUAAGCGACGAGUAGCGAUCAAUAAUUAACAAUAGUGGAAGCCAAAUUCCCAAUUUGAUGAAAAACAAAAUCAAACUAUCGAUUCCAAGAAAAGGCAUGUGUUUGCAUACGUGGCAUACUUUUUAAAAAAAAAUUAAAGACACGGGAAAAGGACGAACAAGGUUGUCGCGGCAACAACAAUUCUAUGAAUGGCAUAGGCCUACGACAAGGUCAAAAGACGUUAUUUGUCCGUCUCAUUUCGGCAGCACCAUUUAACUCAUUCAUUUUGGCGAGUGCAAUUGGAAGACAACGGGUGUGACAGGCCGCUGAUGACGUGUUUCUUCAUUUAGUGUUGCUGCGCUCGUUCAACUCGGUCAGAUAAAAACUUGGUCGUUGUAAAGUGGGAUUUAUAGACAGCGUCACUGAUACCAUGUAUCCCAUUUUGGAAAAUCAAAUGAACUGUCACGAAAUCAAAAUGGAUUCUACCCAACGUAACGGAGUCGACGUCGACAGAGACCAGCAAGUACCUAUGAUGAAGAAAGUGAAAGUUCCCGUUAUUGGAGGUGAGAAUAGAGCUUUGAACUGCACCAACUGCAAAGUGACGUGUCUUUACCCUGGCAAUUCAAACAUUUCGACCGUCGAGUCUUCUUCCUGCCCGGCCUUUGAGAUGGAAGACAUGGAAGACGUGGGGGCAGCCGCACUUGAUUCCGAUUUUGUCUUCGUAAGUUGGGCGUGUAAAGUGUGUCCCGGCCUUUGCCUUGGCGGAGUCCACAAAUACGAGGACUUCAAAUGGGACUUUGUCCAAGAAACGACGAACUCGAUGGAGGAUCAGCAGGACCAGCAGCUGGACGAGGAUGGGAUAACGAAGAACUGGAGAAAGAAAAUCGAAAAGGCAUUAGAAGAGAUCACCCAACGUCUCGAUGUGAUGGAGAUGAAAGUGCUGGCUAAUAAUCCGCCCAACACUUGGCCCGAAAACGUCCAGGAGAUGAUGACAUCAACUGAGGAGGACAACAAGAAACCUGUUGGUGAAGAUGAGAAAAUCACGGCGAAAGACAACCAAUCGACGGAGCAAAUCUCGGCGGAGAAAAGACCAUGGGAAUCCAAGCACGAUCAGACAAAUUUUAUAUGCUCGGGAGAAUUCUUUGAUCUUUUCCGUAGUUCCUUCAAUGGGGAAAAAGUUGCCGUCAAGCGAGUUGAAGUUGAAGGUUUAACCCCAUUCGACGAAAAGGUAGAAAAAGUACUUGGACAACUCGAUCAUCCCAACGUCAUCAAACUUUUGCUAGUCACGCAGAAUGUCGAUUAUCGCCUUUUUAGAUAUUACGUCUUUGAACUGGCAGGUGGGACCGUCGAUAACUUUUGCUACCGCUAUUACGAUGGGGAAAUGCCAAGCGAUGAAGAAGCCCUGAAGCAGAUGGCCGCAGGUUUGCUGUACAUUCACGACAAGCGAUUCGCCCACCUGAACAUCAAACCUUCCAGCAUUUUCAUUUCAACAUCUGAGCCCGUCCGGUUGAUGAUCGCCAAAUUCGGCUUGUGUGAGCAAACGACGGAUGCGGGAACAUUUUCGAUUGGAUGUGACAACGGAAGCGGCGAAUUCGGGUGGAUGGCACCAGAAAUUUUUGAAUAUUUCGAUCAUCUCGAUGCUGAUAGCGACGAUGAUGAUGAGGAAGAACCAGUCAACACCUUUAGCAUCGCGUGCGAUACGUGGUCACUGGGAUGCCUCUUCUUCUACUUUCUGAAGAGAGGAAUUCAUCCUUUUGGAAAAAACAAUCGAGUCAUUCGAUGGAACAUUGCAGCGGAAGAAAGUCCUGCCAAGCUUGAAAAAGCCAUACGGACAUCAAACAAGGAAUUGAGUCCAGUUUACGAGUUGAUUCGUGACAUGAUCGAGACCGAACCGGGAAAAAGAAUUUCACUGGGAAAUGUCGUCAAGCGACUAGAGACUUUGUUCCCACCAUCGGCAACGAGCUACGACAACAAAGACAGAAAAGACGAUCAAGCAACGCUAGAUGGUGACGAUGAGUAAUCGCACAAGUCAAUUAGUACAAGUCAAGAUAUUGAAAUGUGUUAAUUAUUAGGCCCUAUUGAAUGUCGGAAUAGUAAUCUACCGCAAAUAUAAGAUGUACAAAUAACACUGCACUAAAUUUUGCAACUUGAUCAUUAACCAAGUCCAACUUAUUCAUUAAAUGCAGCAGUGUAAUUUGUAUUAAAAUCAAAAGUUAAAAAGCAAUACAAUCAACAUAAUAGGAAAUGAAA